GAAAGAGAGAAUCUAUUAUCAUUGCAAAAGGGAACAGAGCCGUGUUGAGCCAAUGAAGUACCUCAGCUUGAUAAUUGAUGGAAUGGAUCAGUCGAAAACAAAUUUGCCGCAUUUCAAAGGUCGUCUACCAAAGAGUAUAAACCCAGUUGAUCUCUUGAAAACUCAUAUUACUGGAGUAAUAAGCCAUGGUCAUGGAGGAUUCCACACAUUUACAGACUUUAACCAGUUUCCCCAUGAUCCAAAUCUUACCAUUACAGUGAUUUUAAAGAUGUUGCUGAACACUGCUAAAGUUAAUGAUGGCAGACUACCUCCAGUAUUAUAUGUACAAGCAGACAACUGUGUAAGGGAAAAUAAAAACCGAUAUGUGCUGGCCUUCCUUCAACUUCUGGUAGAAAAGAAAAUAUUGAACCAGGUCCAUUUAUCAUUCCUGCCAGUUGGCCACACCCAUGAGGAUAUAGAUGCCAGAUUUUCAUUAAUAUCUCGUGAUUUAUACCAGACGGACACAGAAACUUUGGACGAUUUUGUAAAACUUUUAGGUCCCCAUGAAUUUGUUAAGUCAGUUUUCAAUGUUCGUGAGUGGCUGACAUUGUCAAUUCCUAAAUAUAUUUCUGGCACCACUGAACCCCUUCACUUUAAAUUUGAAAAAGUCAAUAAUAAAGUGGUAACAUGUUAUAAAGGGGAGCAUGACAACGAGUGGAAGAUAGAGUCUACUGGUUUUUUAAUGGAAAUACCUAAAGGAAAACCAAAACAUGUGCCAGCUGAUUUCACUGAUAUACAAGAUGAAAGACUUUUAAAAUUAAUUGAAACAAAUAAAGCCCUUUUUAAAACAAAUGAUAUUAUUAAUAAAUGGAAAAAUACUUUAAAAGAAAUAAAGAAAAAAAAAGAUGAAAAAUGGAUUCUACCAGACCUACCAAAACAAAAUGAUCACCAGGAAAUACCACUGAUGAGGUUGGCAGAUGAGGUAGAAAACGUACUGGACAAGGAAAAUCGUGAGCCACAGUUAUUAAUUCGACAAACACGUGAGCAGAUGAAAAUUUUUGAAAAGAGACAGCCUGCAAAUAAACCACAAAAAAGAAAGCCAGCUUCACUACAGUCAAGAAAAACCAAAGAUAAACAGGGAAAAAGAAAAUGUAGAUUCAGUGUCAAUUCAUUUAGAAGAACUUUAGUUAUCUGGUUGGAUAAUGAAUGUAAAAAACAUAUAUGGUUUAUGAUAUUUAUGGAAAUUUACUUGUUUUUUUGUUUUAGUUUGUCUGUUAUCUGUCUCUUAUUUGUAAAAUUAUUCUCUCUUUUCUUUUGUUUGUUACAGUUUUUGCUGCUCAUAAAUGAUUUAUGGUUCCGAAUAUUGUCUAUCCAUAUUGGUAAUUUUGCACAUAUCAAUUUAUGUCCCGGUACUUUAUAUUCAUUAUACAUCCCUAUUAUGUGAUUCAUAUGUGAUAGAUUGUGCAUCUUAUAUGUACUUUGUAAUUAAGAAUCCUUCAUAAAUUAAAACUGAAACUAUACAGGGCCAUAUUGUGAAAAAAUAUAUUGAUACUAACCAGUUAUUCCAUUUUUAGGGCACCUGUGACAGGGUGAGCUUUUGUGAUCGUUUUUCAUC